AUGUCGCCACGUUCACUCCUCCUCACUAUUGACGCAUUCGGUACUAUAUUCCACCCCCGUCUCCCCGUGCCAGAACAAUACGCCUCGACUGCCCACGCUUUUGGUCUUUCGCGGUCGCUCGUAACGCCCGAGUCGCUGCAGCCCGCCUUCAAGGAGGUGUUCAAAGCACAUGCUAAACGGUAUCCGAAUUACGGGAGGGAACUGGCGCUAAGGGGACAAUAUGGAGGCCCGAGACAAUGGUGGGAGGAGGUUAUACGGGGGAGUUUUGGGAAAGUGUUGAAUGAUAAUAAUGGUGACUUGCCGGAGGGGUUGGUAAAACGACUACUAGAUCGGUUUGCUAGUAAAGAGGGGUAUGCUUUAUACGCGGACGCAGAGGAAUUUCUGAUGAGGAUGAGAGAGGUCAAAAAAGGUCUUCUGCAGAAGCAGAGGUUCGGGCCGUUUGAGAAGGUGCUUGUCGGGGUGAUUUCGAACUCGGAUGACCGCGUGCCGGGUGUUUUGAAGUCGCUGGGAUUGGCUGUUGGCGAUACUCGUGCAGAUCAGGGCGUGCCGAGUAUGCGACUUGCGGGAUUUGAGGAGAGGAGUUCUUCCUCAAAGCAAGAGGACAGUGAGAUCAACGAUCUCGAUUUCAUCAUCACAAGCUACGAAGCCGGGGAAGAGAAGCCCGGUCAAGCUAUCUUUGACGUUGCCAAACAGCAGGCCAUGAGGGAUGCUGGUGCCGAUUCUGAGAAUUUUUCGCAAUGGACUUGUGUCCAUGUUGGGGAUGAUUAUUCCAAGGAUUAUCAGGCUGCUAUUGAUGCUGGCUGGGAUGGGUAUUAUGUGCCACGAGACGGCGAGGUGCAAGGACAUCAGGGUGUGGGAACCAUGCGUUCUUUGAUUGAAUUGUUAAGUUUGUUGAAGGGCUACAAAUGA